UAAAUAUGCGGGGCCGUUUUAUCAUUUUUAAUAGGUUUUCUCUCCAAAUCUGAAUUUCCCAUAAUUAAUCCUAAAAAAAGUCAAAUUAUGUUUUGUCAAAGAUUGCUGCUCUGACUUUAGAAAAUAAUUGAGCCAAAUAAGUAGUCAAAUUGCCAGUUGUCACUUGUCAGAGAUCAACAGGUCAUACUUCAAAGCUAUCCAUCUCAAGAUAAUCAAAGACUACUGCAGCCCAUGGAAUGGAAAGAUAGCUUCCUAACUUCCUAAUACUAUCAACUCAGACAUCAAUCAAGAUCUUCAAAUGCUUAACGGAAUGAAGAAGCCCAUGAUCACUAUCAGUCUGCUGAAUCUUUUCAUUCUUUUCCUGAUCUUCACCCACAAUAAAGCCUCAGCUCAACCUUACACUACAUUGGUUGCACCUGUCAAGAAGGAUGCCACCACUUCUCUCUAUACAAUAAUCCUGAACUCCAACGAACGCUAUGUGGUUGACCUCAGUGCUCCUUUCUCGUGGCAACGCUGCCCCUUGCACCACUACCCCCGGGUGGCUUGCGUGUCUACUGAAUGCUUCCAAGCCCAGUAUCUCUUGUCACCCUCUUGCCCCCUACCAUAUACUAUGUCAACAACAAGGCCAUGUACUUGUAUGGUUACUCCUAUAAAUCCCAGAACCAAAUCCUGUGCCUUAGCUCAAUUGACCUCAACCAAUCUCACGAUAUCGUGGACUGAUGGUGCCAAUCCCACGGCCAAGAUUACCUUCAGUGAUCGAUAUUUAUCAUGUGCUCCGGCAUCCCUUCUUUAUUCCCUUCCAAGAGGAAUAGUAGGCCUGGCAAGCCUUUCUUGGGCUCCUUUAGCUCUACCAGCUCAGUUCUCUCCUCCAUUUCUUGGAGUCAGUAGAAAAUUUGCAAUUUGUUUGCCAAGCACAAGUUCAGGCAAUGGGGUGGUUUUCUUUGGUGAUGGACCGUAUAAUCUUCUUCCUCUAACAAAGUUUGAUGUAUCAAGUCUUUUAUCUUACACUACGCUCCUCAAAAAUCCCAAGUCUGCAGAUUACUUCAUUGGCAUCAAGGCCUUAUCCAUAAGUGGGAAUUCCAUCGCACAGUCUCCAUACGAGGGAAUCAAGAUUAGUACUGUUGUACCUUAUACUACGUUUAGGACCGAUAUCUAUGAACUCUUUCUCAAGUUUUUCAAAAAGGCAAUGAAGGGCAUUCCUAGGACUAAGAAGAUUGACUUGGAGUUUGCCAACGGCAAGAAUUGGACUAUAUAUGGAGCAAAUUCCAUGAAGCAAGUUGGUGGAGAUUCAGCAUGCCUUGCAUUUUUAGAUGGUGGAAAAACUCCAGAACACUCAAUUGUGAUCGGAUCGUUCCAGUUGGAGGAUAACUUGUUGCUGUUUGAUCUUGAUGAAUCAAGGCUGGGUUUCAGUUCUUCGUUGUACUUUGAGAGGAUAACAUGUGGUAGCUUCAAUUUUACAACUAGGGUUUGAGCUUAUGUUGUACAAAGCAAAUGAUGCAACCAUUGAUCAGCAAUUGAAGUAAAUGCUUAUGUACUA